GGAGCGGGGGAGGAGGAGGGGGAGACCCGCAUGUCGCGGCGACCGCUUGGGGCGCCACCGUCGCUUACUCUUUCCCGCGCGGCGCGGCGUCCACUGAUAUCCAGUCCUCCGGCGGCGGGCCUAUGACAACCGGCGGUCUGCUCCUCACGUCAGCCAAGGUGCUGUGAUGCGAUGUGGGCGCGGCUUUGUUGGCUGCUGGUGGCGCUGCUUGCGGCGGCCGUGCGCACUGACGCCAUCGUCACGUCGGCGGACCGCGUUCCGCUGUCCUUCCGCUACCACGACCACGCCGAGCUGAGCUACCACCUGCGCGCGCUGGCCGCCGCACACCCGCGCUUGGCACGCUUGCGCGCUGUGGGCAUGUCCGUGCGGGGGAGGGAGCUGUGGGUGCUCGCGCUGAGCGCGGCCAGUCCAUCUCGCCUCGGUGUGCCGGACGUGAAGCUGGUGGGGAACAUACACGGCAACGAGCCGGUCGGAAGGGAGCUCAUCCUGCACCUCGCGCAGUUCCUCGUCAAUAAUUAUGACCAAAGCGAGGAGGUGAGGUGGCUGUUGGACAACACCAGGAUCCACCUGAUGCCCAGCAUGAACCCCGAUGGCUUCAACGACUCUCAGGAGAGCGUCUGCCGCGGCACCAAGGGCAGGGACAACGCUAGGGGCAUGGACCUGAAUCGCAACUUCCCGGACCGCUUCCGUCCCAACACCAUCCCCGUGCAGCCGGAGCGGGACGCGGUGAUGGCGUGGCUGGCGUCGCGGCCCUUCGUGCUGUCGGCCAGCCUGCACGGUGGCGCGCUCGUCGCCAACUACCCGUACGACAACACGCCCGCGGACAAGUGGAAAACCGUACUGGAAUCGUUGGACUCUUCGGAAAUAAAUGAGGAGGAUCCGUUCGGAGUGAAGAAGCGCUACAACGGUCUGCAACUCAGUCUGUCCACUAAGACGGGCCACAUGAACGACCCGUUCCUGACCCCGGACAACGACGUGUUCGUCCACCUGGCCAGGCGGUACGCCUCGACGCACCCCACCAUGCACGACAACCCAACGGAGCACCUAGGGGCGUCCUGCGGCCAGAACUCCUUCCGCGACGGCAUCACCAACGGCGCGGCGUGGUACCCGCUGACAGGAGGCAUGCAGGACUACAACUACGCGCGGGGCUGCCUGGAGCUCACGCUCGAGCUGUCCUGCUGCAAGUACCCGUCCGCGAGGCUGCUGCCACAGCUCUGGGACGAAAACCGGCAGGCACUGCUGGAGUUCAUCAGCCAAGCGCACCGCGGCGUGAAGGGGGUGGUGAGAGACUACCUCACCAACCGGUCCUUGUCUGGCACCCACUUGACGGUGGACAACAGGAGCGUGGCGUUCUCGAGCUCGGAGCGGGGGGAGUUCUGGCGGAUACUGCUGCCGGGGACGUACACCCUCAAGGUGCACAAGGAGGGCUACGAGAACCUCACUGUGCCGUUUCGCGUGGCCGCGCCGGCGACGCCGUGGUCGACCAGUGCCACGUGGCUGGACGUCGCCCUGUACCCUGCCGGCUUCGAGGUAACAACCACGUCGACCGCCACCAGCACCAGCACGGACGCCAACACUAGCACGGACACCUCUGGCACGCCUCGCGGCUCCGCUGUGCCGCCCAGCGCGCAGGCCCGGAGCCGGGCCACAGCCGUGCUGGCCCGGGCCCUGCACGGCGCCGUGGCGUUGCUCGCACCUGCACUGCACCUCCUCUGCACCUGGUGACGCGCACCGUGCUACAGCAGGUUGCAGGAUCGAAACUCGUUGUGUUCUGUUCACGAGACCGAUAGGCAGUUUGUUGUUCACUUUCCAUCAACCACACCACGAAUAAGUUUGCAUGCCGUCCAACAUAUUUAGGGAUAAGGAUUGUUUUUUUCAUAUUAAUAAUAUGUUGUAUAUUAAGCACCAUAAAGUUUUUCUGGGUCAUAUUUUUGUCACAACCUUAAAUGUUAAUCAAAGAGAAUACAUAUAUAUAUAUAUAUAUAUAUAUAUAUAUAUAACAUCGCACUUGUCGUGAAGUUACAGCCGGCUGCUUCGUGGGGAGCUAUGCACAAUAGUGAACCACACUGGCAACAUGUCAGGCGUAACCGCUCUCUUCCUCACCAUAGAUUAAAGAUGAGGUAGACUGUUUUUCAAGUUUAGUGCAUGUCUUCAAACUGUCCUCAUCACUGUUCACUUCUCACCGGCUGGCUAAUAUCUGAACUGUACAGUUCAUAAAAACACAUGCAGAUAGUUACGAAACAUAUCAGGUAGUGGACUCGAAAGUUCAAUGCCAUUUAUUUAAGAUAUUAUUCUUAACCGAAAAUAACACAUUGUCCACAGUGACAUUUAUAAUUCCAUAAACUUCGUUACCGAGGUAGCACAAAUUUCGUGCUGCAGACUUGAGAGGUAAAGUAGAAGAAGAAGCACAUCACUAUUGAGACUUUAAACGUCCAUGAACUAUAAUUGCACGCUUGUGAUAACAUUACAAGAAUGUGUGACUCUUUUUAAACAAAAAUUUUAUACGCUUGUAUUGUUGCGUGUGUGUUCAUGCAAAUUAAAGUUAUUUUGUAAUAGUA